GCGAGUUUGAGAGAGUGUUUGAAAAAGGCUUCUAAAAACAAAAUUUCGGUUUUCCGUUAUCGCCGGAAAUAAUCUAUUUCUUAUUGACGCCAGGUGACUGCGGUGAGGAAUUUUAUUGUUUCGUGGCAUGAUGGAUGUGCGAGGCAAUGUCCCACCUCGGCCACAGGAUGGACAAUCCAUUCACAAAUACAAGAAACUGUACAUUCUGACAUGGAUUUGUGUCAUUGUUACCUCGCUUCUCGUGUCGUCUGCUGCCGUUGUCGUCAUUGUUCACACUGUGCGUGCGGACAGGGCUGAUGUACUGACCGCUAUAAACCAGGUGUCCACCAACAUUACAGGCCAGUUGUCUGCCGUGCAGGAAAAGUUUGACAACCUGGAGGAGAAAGUGUCAGAUGACGUCAACAAGGCGCGAAGUUCGGAGAGGGCUGAUGUACUGACCGCUAUAAACCAGGUGUCCACCAACAUAAGAGCCGUGCAGCAAAUGUUCGAUAACUUGGAGGAGAAAGUGUCAGAUGACGUCAACAAGGCGCGAAGUUUGGAGAGGGCUGAUGUACUGACCGCUAUAAACCAGGUGUCCACCAACAUUGCAGGCCAGUUGUCUGCCGUGCAGGAAAAGUUCGACAACCUGGAGGAGAAAGUGUCCAAGGUGGAAGAUGUCGUCAUGACACCAAGAAGGCUUAAGCUGUGCUCUCACGGCAACGGUUGUGAGCUGACCAGUAGGCAUGAAGCAAUGACCCACUGUUACAAAGUGUUCGAAGUGAAAACUACGUGGGCAGACGCGAGAAAGAGAUGUGAGUCUAUCGGUGGCUUCCUGGCCGAGUUCCACGACCAUGUCUCCGUGGAAUAUGUGAAACGGGUUGUAGCCAAGGAUAACUCAAGGCUCUGGAUCGGCGCCACUGACCAUGACAAAGAGGGCACCUGGACGUGGGUCACAUCCGGCAAACGUCUGUCCGUGGAUGACUGGGUCAGAAACCAGCCGGACAACGCCAGGAACAGCGAGCACUGCAUGGAGAUAAGAGAAGUAUUGAGGGUAUUUGGGGGGAAAAGAUGGAACGACAGGACGUGCGAACACAAGCUGGAAUAUCUCUGUCAGAGAGACGGGGACAACUGUGAAGACUGGCUGGAACAAGAGUAAAAAGAAACGUGUACUGCUUCUAUGAUGAUGAUGAUAAUGAUGAUGAUGAUAAUGAUGAUGAUGAUAAUGAUGAUGAUGAUGUAUAUUAAGGGGAAAUAUGGAGAUCCGUUGGCUGCGAAUACAAAAAAAUAACAACUCAGAUUACUUUUUUCGUUUCUACAAAUGCAAUUAUCAAAUAAUUUGUUAUAUUGUCACAGUCACAGAAAAAAUGUAAUCAGAAUGUUAUUUAAUCAAAUUAACACACUAGGCCCCUACUCUAACAAAAAA